GGAGGCGCCGUGUCGUCAUGGCGGCUCCCGGGUGGUCUGAGAGGGUGCGCGAGCUGCUCACGAGGAUGAACUCUUUCCAGGGCGCAGGCUCUUCCAAGACUCUGUGUCUGCCAUUUAUGGUCGCUGGUCAACAGGUAGGCCAUGUGCCACAGGCUGUGGCUAGAUGUCUCUGUCAGUAUCCAGCUGUUUUUUCAGUGUCUCAAGGAGAUGAGGCACCGGCACACGUGGAGAUGAACCUGCAGCUGGCCUCCUAUGAGCAACGGACGUCCGCCAUACAAGGGGUGCUCAAGGAUCUGAGGGCGCAGCAGGCCUUUCCCUGCCUGAAAGAGUGGAGGGAAGAGCUCUACAAUGUGAUGCCCUACUUUUGUGACCCACCUCUCUUCAGCAUGGAGCGUGCGGCAACCCCGCUAUUUGGAGUGAAGCGCUACGGUGCUCACCUGAAUGGCUACACUUGGCGAAAUGGUCAAAUGCACAUGUGGCUGGCCCGCAGGGCUCUGAACAAACCCACAUACCCUGGCUUGUUGGAUAACCUGGCUGCUGGUGGCAUUGCAUCAGGGCUGAGCGUCAGAGAGACACUAGUAAAAGAGUGCCAAGAGGAAGCCUGCAUACCUGCCUCCCUUGCGGCAUUAGCCAAGGCUGUGGGGACUAUCAGCUACACCUAUGAAGGGGCACGUGGAGGCAUCUAUCCUGAAUGUCAGUUUGUAUUUGACCUGGAGCUGCCUGAAGACUUUGUGCCCCAGGUGGGGGAUGGAGAGGUGCAGGAGUUCUACCUUUGGCCACUUGACAAGGUGAAAGAGGUCAUUGGCUCCUCAGAUUUCAAGCCAAACUGUUCAAUGGUAGCACUGGAUUUUCUUAUCAGGCAUAGUUACAUCCAGCCUGAUGAAGAACGUCAUUAUGCAGAGCUGGUUGAAGGGCUGCACAGGCCACUUUGAAAGAAUAACAAUGGCUGUUCUGCUGAUAUACAUUUUGUCUAUGGUUUUUACUGGUCCACUCCUCUGUAAAAACUGAUAAUACAGAAGGAUCGCAGAUGGAGAGACUAGAAUGAAGUCUACUUUCUGCUUUGAGCUUGGUCUCUCCGCAAGACUUGAAGCUCAAAGAGCUAUUAUGUUAUAUCCAUACCACAGUGGUGUACUUCAGCAACUUAUGUUUGCACAGGGACUCACAAAAGUACUUGGCAGCUGCAUGUGCUCCAAGGCUCCAGACAUGUAAAAAAACACUUUUGUGUCCAUUUUAACAUUUAAUUAAAAAAAGUCAACCAAAGAAA